AUGUCCGGAAAAGCUUCUACAGAGGGUAGCGUUACUACGGAGUUUCUCUCUGAUAUCAUUGGUAAGACAGUGAACGUCAAACUUGCCUCGGGUUUACUCUACAGCGGAAGAUUGGAAUCCAUUGAUGGUUUUAUGAAUGUUGCACUAUCGAGUGCCACUGAACACUACGAGAGUAAUAACAAUAAGCUUCUAAAUAAGUUCAAUAGUGAUGUCUUUUUGAGGGGCACGCAGGUCAUGUAUAUCAGUGAACAAAAAAUAUAG